GCUGCUCGAAGACGCCCCGGUCUACGUUCCUAGACAGUACGGCAAUCCACACCUGUGAAAUGUCACUUCUCAUUGUAGCACACGCGCUGACGUGACAAUCGUGUAGUUGUGAAGAUAUUAUGCGUAACGGCGAACGCAAAGCAACAGCGUCACUCAACCCGCUCUCCUGAACAGUCUCUAGGAAGCUACCAUGCCGCAGAACACGCCACAAGGAGAUCCACUCAAGAGUUACGGGCGAGAGAAUCGCGCAGCUCCAAACCCUGCUCAACAGUAAGCUCGCAACUUCGCGAGGACCGUUUACAACGACAAUAAUUGCCUGCGCCUGAGUCAGCGUUCACGCCUACACUUGCGCGGGUCUCACAACAUAUGGAUCCAACUCGACUUGCGCCUCCAGUAUCCAGUACAGGCGGAGGGGGCAACGGCGGUACUGCAAGUCAGAAGACCCUGACGGCAGAAGAGAAGAAUCAGUGCCCAUACGGCGACACACGCUGGCCCCCUGCUAACGUAUCGAUAUUCAAGCCUCUACACCUGUUGAGUGACGAAGGUGAAGAGCCAAUAUACUACCACUUGCUACACGAAAACGACAACCCGCAAGUCGAGUUCUGGAAAGGCCCGGUGAAGGCCCAAGCUACGGCCGCCUACGCAGAGAAGGGCCUUGCUUUGCAAAUAUUGAAAGCAGGGAAGAGUAAGAAAGAGUUCAAGGCCGCAAAAGAGAGAGCCCUUGAAGAUGAAGCUCCGAAAGCGACGAUGGAAAUUCGGCAGGCCAGGGAUACGAAGAUGCUAAGAGAGUUGAGCAGUGGAUCGAGGGGAACAAUCUGGCAGCUUGACGAAGAGCACCUGCAUGUUUGGAGAUGUAUCGAGGUGGUCCAGAAGGUGCAUGGGGCGGUAAGCCUUAGUGCCGAGCGGCGGGAAAUAUUUUCGAUGUUCGGUGUUGGCCUCAAGCGCACCGAUGGUGAUAUGUUGAUGGUCAGCCAGAAGGCGUAGGCACCUAGCUAACCCAGAUGGUUCUGUUCUAGCAGAGUCAAUGCACACACCCCUCAUCCUUGACAAUUGAGUUCUACACAAAACCUUGGUGUACCUACAGUCGUCCAGUAGAAAUC